CCUGUUGCGUUCGAGAUUCGAUGGUGGCACCACCAGGAGCCAAAGAAACAGCAGCCACACCAGCAGUACCAGCCACUCUAGCAGCAACAGUUUCAGUUUGAGUUACAGGAUCCCGUUUCCAGUUUUCGGCGCGGUGCGUGAAAACAUAAAAUAAAUUGGAAACACGAAAGAUUAAUAGGUCACUAAUAGCUGCUGAAUUUAACACACGCGAAGUAUCUCGAUCGUCAUAAAUCAAUCCGUAUCCGUCGCGCGUCGGAGAUCCAUCCACAUCGAAAUUAGGGGCAAUUACCACUGAUAAGAAUGAUGAAAGCCACAGCGUGGUUUUGUCCGGUGUUAUUAACUUUACUGUGUGCCACGGGGCUCGUUUGCACGGCGCAGCGAGGAGGAGCAGGAGCCGGACCAGGCCCAGGACCAGGACCAGGAGCAGGAGCCGGAGCGGAAGUCGGCGGAAGCGGCCGCACAAACGGAUAUCCUCUGGACUACACAGAUGCACGAAAUAUACAGGAUGACUUUCUGCUCGUGGCCAAGCGCAACAAACCGUCGUUGUCCAUUGUCAAUCCCCUGGAUGUGCUGCGUCAGCGCCUGCUCCUGGAAAUCGCACGCAGGCAAAUGAAGGAGAACUCCCGCCAGGUCGAACUCAACCGCGCCAUCCUCAAGAACGUGGGCAAGCGAGUGCUCCAGCGUCCAGGACCCAAGGUAAGCAGCCGCUUUCGCCAGCAGUGGCCAACCGAGCGGGAACUGGAGCUUGAGCGACAACUGGACCGCGACCAGGAAUGGGAGGAGCCGGAGGAGCUGCGUCAGCACGAGCAGGAGCAGUCACAGCAGCACCAGUUGAGUCGACAACAGCUGCUCUUGCCCUGGCAGCAUUUCCCCAGCCAACUGUGGAGCUACCGAUGGCCGCAGUCUCCGUCACAGUUUGCGGACUCAACACGGACCCAGUCACUACCAGAACCGAAGCAGUUGCUCAGCUAUGCGAAGAAAUCUCUGGACGUGGCCGGAAUGGGACUGGCAUCCAGGCAUCGGGCCAACGGAAAUGAAGCUGCUAACGAAACGAGCCAAGAGCAUGAGAGCGAAGCCAGUAAAAGCUCGGCGAGAUAUGUAGGCGACGAGGAGCAGGAUGACGACGCUAACGACAACGAAAACGACAUUGAGGCGGGACUAGAGGGGUUCGAGCCAAACUGGACCAACGAGGAGGCAGCUGGAAGUGGACGCGGUCGAGGACGCGGACGUGGAGCUGUUGGUGCGGUCAAUGCAAACGACCGCCUGCCCUGGACCUUUCCCUACCGCUUUCACAGGGGCCAUAAUGUUAACUAAUUGAGCGGGAUCGAGCCGCGAGUAAGGAUACACAGAUGCAGAUACAGAUACAUUAACAGAUACAGACACAGAUACUGAGGCGGAGGCCGGUGCCGGUGCCGACAGCUUAGUGGUAAGUGCUAUUAGACGGCUAAUUGCAAAUUGACGGUUCCUAAUGGCAGACGGCAGGCAAAGGCAAUGUUGUGUGUGCACAUACUCCCUCGAUGACGAACCUACCCCACGUUGCUACUUUGCUAGAUGUAUUCGCAUUUGAAUCCUAUAUUUUAUCGAAAAUAACCAACGGUGUAUGUAACGAUUUAUGCUACCUCUCUCACAGAUACUGUUCAAAAAAAUAAAUCCCCCGAUUAAUUACA